ACAAUCGGAAGCGUUUGUUGACAGCGACAGCGUCGGGCGCUUGCCAUUUGGUUUGCCAUGGAUGUCCCAUUCGUCUCAUCCGGUACAUCUAGCAGGGCUCAUUACGUUCUCGUACGCAAGGUGGAGGAAGAGACUUCUUUCAUAAGGGCAGACCAGCACCUCGCCGAAGCAGUUGACGUUACUCUCCGCGAUUUGAUGAAGCCGCAGUCAAUGAAGAAAUGCAAAGAACACUUGAUUAUGCUUUUAUACUGCUAUACGACUGCCUCCACCGGUACACUCGACCGCAGUGCCCUCCACGAUGUUCUCUCUCGUGCAAUUACCUUGGCUGAAGCAGGGAAGACCGUUGCAGAUAAGAGGAUAGGUUAUCUCUUCUGUUCAGAGAUGAUGCCCCCGGGACAUGAAUUCCAACUCAUGCUAGUAAAUACACUCCGUAAAGAUUUAGAGAGUUUACACGUCCCAAGGAUCUGUCUGGCUUUAGACCAUCUGAUAUCAUCCCCGUCACAAGAAGUCAUUCCCGCUAUUCAAACACGUCUACUGGACCUAGUGGCUCAUAACUCCCCCGUUAUUCGUCGACGGGCACUGUUAGCGUUGAAAGCGCUUUCACACUGCAAUCCUGACCUCCUCACCGCCAUCGUUGCAUUGGUGAGCAGAAGGUUGAGGGACAUCGAUCAGUCAGUGUCGAAUGCUGCGUUGUCGGUUGCGACACGGACAUUUGAACUCCACGAUUCGACACGACUCGACAUAAAUCGCGCUGUCAACGAACUGCUUGGGUCAACAUUUCCACGCAAAGUAUAUAUGGACCGUAGAAGACCGGGAAGUGGUGAUCUCAGAGUUCUUAACGCGGCAAAUAUAGUCGGUGUCUCUGAAAAUAAUCUUCCACUUAUCGGCGACAUAAUACGGUUUGCUGCAAAGCGCAAGAAAGACGCUCUUUUACGGGAAGCGUUUCUUACCUUACGUUCGUUGGGGCCAGAAACAUCGCUUCUAAAGUCUCGCAAAUUAUCGCCAAUCAGUCACGUCCGCCAUUUACUCACCUCGCAGGACGUCAACGACCAACACCUCUUCCUCUCGUGUUUGGAAUGUGUCGAUCCAAACUUCUGGGCAGGAAAUACUCUGGAUAUUCCGCCUGCUUUAGACCAAUGGGAGGUUGAACAUAUCAUGCGCUUAUUAGAUUCCAUGGACCCUUUGGUGCGCAAAACGACGGUUAGGAUAUUAAACAAGGUGGACGAUAGCAUAGUCGGAUCGUAUUACACUCGGACUUUGCAGCGAAUGCCUCCAGGGCUUUCUUUGGCUCAGAAGACAGAAUAUGUGUGUCGGCUCCUUGAAAUUCUUGAAAUUGAGUCGCAAGGCGAUGGAGAACAGUAUGCACGUGAAGUGCAGGGGAUCCUUCAGCUCACGACCGAAGAUAAGGAGGCUUUGUUAGAUACGGUUGUUGAAACCGUACUAUCUCGUAUCCGAAUAGCUUCCGCCGACUGGCAGGUACAAUGUGCAACCACGUUCUUGGCUCGCUUUUUAGAACUGGAGCAGGCAUCGGAUCCGACGACGAUGGUCAUCGUCGCAACGUUGGCUUGCGAAUACAUCGAUAGGGUUUCGCUAUCGCCUUAUGCACUUGUGAAAAAGAUGUCAUCGCAACUUUUAUCAGCCUCAUUGCCCAUACAGGAAGCAUGCUUGUUAGCGAUGCUGAGAGUUGCUGCAGAGUGCGACCGUAUCCCUGAGGACGUCUUGAAUGUGGUAUCUAAAAUCGGAGAAGCAGGUAGCGGCAGAAUUCGCUUUUUUUCUCUCAAAUUCAGCGAACUUGUACAGGACCGUUCAUCACUGAAUAGUAUAGUCUGUGGAGCAAAGUCCUCGGCACUACCGGAUUUCCUCAGAUCUUUGCAAAGCAAUACGAAAUCCGAAAGUCAUAGCCAUAGCCGGGGAUGCCCUUCAACCUCACAAAAAUCGGACCGUUUGUCCACGAGUAAACUCCGGUACACCGCGUAUGAACCACCUAUGAUUACUCCCCGACUGAAGAGUCGUUCGUCUGAACGAGGAUCCCGCAUGACGUCACCAAACAUUGCAGCAGGACUGAAGGCACUAACAGGUGGUGAAUUGACAAUGGCGGUCUCGAGCGAAGAGUUCGAGUUAUCAAUGGUAUGUGGUCGCCUAUUAAUAAUGUUUCAUGUUGGCUGGGGUGCUGAUCGGUGCAGAUGAAACCCGGACCACAUCACGUGUCAACAACCGCGAAUACCACGGAGUCGGACGACCUCAUUGCGCUCGAUUCACCAUUCGUUGAUCCUGGAGUUGGGGGAGAUGUGGAUGUUGAGAAUUUAUGGAGCAGCUUUGAUCAAUCGAAUACUUGCCGGGGUUGGUAUGACGGCUCGAUCAACCAGGUUGUGAAACUAGUAGCGGCUCUGGCUGCGGUUCGAAUACGUGUCUUUGAUGCGUUGGUUCCUCCGUACGAAGGCGAACUGAAAGUCCUCGUAUUCCCCGUGGGGCAAGCGGGCGAACUGCAGGCGUUGAACUUGGGCGCGAUUUUGCGGCUCAAGUCUAGCGAGGAGGAAAGUUGUCUGUGGCGACUGCGUGGAAAGCCACCAAUAUACGAGAAGGUCAAGGACCUCCUGACUGGUUGAGGCAUAUGGAUGUAUGAAUGUCCGUUAUCGAUUGGUCAACCUGUACUACAUACGUUGCAAUAUUAUGAUGGGCCUC